AUGACCGAACCACUUCCCCAGCUGUAUUGGCAACCGGGUCGCGUCCUCGGGCCAGACCCUCAAGAAAGGGCUAGCAUCUCUCAUUCCGAAAGUUUCGUCAGGCCGGCCGACAUGAGUACCAGUAUCCUUUCUGCGACAUGCCGAAGUCACAUUGUUUCGUACAAGCGUCCUCCAGGAGUUGGACUUGGUUGGGGUGACUUUGAUCGCUUCUAUGAAUGGCAGUUACAUGGCCGCAAGGUCCAAAAAUCGAUGGUACAAGCUCAGAGGUUUCAGCAAUCCAACUAUCCCCAUGUGACCUUCAUUUCCGAGUUGACUGGCUGCCUUCAUAUUGUACGAACAGAUUCGACCAAGAUUGGAUCUCGAAGAAAUCUCAAGAAACCCAGCCUGUGGCAGAAGCUCAAAAAUAGCAAGAACUAA